CCAGCCCGGCGUCCACGCGCUGCAGCUGGAGCCGCCCACCGUGGUGGAGACCCUGCGGCGCGGGAGUAAGUUCAUCAAAUGGGACGAGGAGACCUCCAGUCGGAACCUGGUGACCCUGCGUGUGGACCCCAGUGGCUUCUUCUUGUACUGGACAGGCCCCAACAUGGAGGUGGACACACUGGACAUCAGUUCCAUCAGGGACACACGGACAGGCCGGUACGCCCGUCUGCCCAAGGACCCCAAGAUCCGGGAAGUUCUGGGCUUUGGGGGUCCCGAUGCCCGGCUGGAGGAGAAGCUGAUGACGGUGGUGUCUGGGCCGGACCCAGUGAACACAGUGUUCUUGAACUUCAUGGCCGUGCAGGAUGACACAGCCAAGGUCUGGUCCGAGGAGCUGUUCAAGCUGGCUAUGAACAUCCUGGCUCAGAACGCCUCCCGGAACACCUUCCUGCGCAAAGCAUACACGAAGCUGAAGCUGCAGGUGAACCAGGAUGGUCGGAUCCCCGUCAAGAACAUCCUGAAGAUGUUCUCAGCAGACAAGAAGCGGGUGGAGACUGCACUGGAAUCCUGUGGCCUCAAUUUCAACCGGAGUGAGUCCAUCCGGCCUGAUGAGUUUUCCUUGGAAAUCUUUGAGCGGUUCCUGAACAAGCUGUGUCUGCGGCCGGACAUUGACAAGAUCCUGCUGGAGAUAGGUGCCAAGGGCAAGCCAUACCUGACACUGGAGCAGCUCAUGGACUUCAUCAACCAGAAGCAACGCGACCCGAGACUCAACGAAGUGCUGUACCCGCCGCUGCGGCCCUCCCAGGCCCGACUGCUCAUCGAAAAGUAUGAGCCCAACCAGCAGUUUCUGGAGCGAGACCAGAUGUCCAUGGAGGGCUUUAGCCGCUACCUGGGAGGCGAGGAGAACGGCAUCCUGCCCCUGGAAGCCCUGGAUCUGAGCGCCGACAUGACCCAGCCGCUGAGUGCCUACUUCAUCAACUCCUCGCAUAACACCUAUCUCACUGCUGGGCAGCUGGCCGGGACCUCGUCGGUGGAGAUGUACCGCCAGGUGCUGCUGUGGGGCUGCCGCUGUGUGGAGCUGGAUGUGUGGAAAGGACGGCCACCCGAGGAGGAACCCUUCAUCACCCAUGGCUUCACCAUGACCACGGAGGUGCCUCUGCGCGACGUGCUGGAGGCCAUUGCCGAGACUGCCUUCAAGACCUCGCCCUACCCCGUCAUCCUCUCCUUCGAGAACCACGUGGACUCGGCAAAGCAGCAGGCAAAGAUGGCUGAGUACUGCCGCUCCAUCUUUGGAGAUGCGCUACUCAUCGAGCCUCUGGACAAGUACCCGCUGGCCCCAGGUGUUCCCCUGCCCAGCCCCCAGGACCUGAUGGGCCGUAUCCUGGUGAAGAACAAGAAGCGGCACAGACCCAGCACAGGUGGCCCAGACAGCGCUGGGCGCAAGCGGCCGCUGGAGCAGAGCAAUUCGGCCCUGAGCGAGAGCUCCGCUGCCACUGAGCCCUCCUCCCCUGCUCUUGGACCUGCUGACCGUGAGGAUGAGGAGGAAGAUGAGGAAGAGGAGGAGCAGACAGACCCCAAAAAGCCGACCACAGAUGAGGGCACGGCCAGCAGCGAGGUGAAUGCCACUGAGGAGAUGUCCACGCUUGUCAACUACAUCGAGCCUGUCAAGUUCAAGUCCUUUGAGGCUGCUCGAAAGAGGAACAAAUGCUUCGAGAUGUCGUCCUUCGUGGAGACCAAGGCCAUGGAACAACUGACCAAGAGCCCCAUGGAGUUUGUGGAAUACAACAAGCAGCAGCUCAGCCGCAUCUACCCCAAGGGCACCCGCGUGGACUCCUCCAACUACAUGCCCCAGCUCUUCUGGAACGUAGGGUGCCAGCUUGUUGCGCUCAACUUCCAGACCCUCGAUGUGGCGAUGCAGCUCAAUGCGGGCGUUUUUGAGUACAACGGGCGCAGCGGGUACCUGCUCAAGCCGGAGUUCAUGCGGCGGCCUGACAAAUCCUUCGACCCCUUCACUGAGGUCAUCGUGGAUGGCAUUGUGGCCAAUGCCUUGCGGGUCAAGGUGAUCUCGGGGCAGUUCCUAUCCGACAGGAAGGUGGGCAUCUAUGUGGAGGUGGACAUGUUUGGCCUCCCUGUUGACACGCGGCGCAAGUACCGCACCCGGACCUCUCAGGGGAACUCGUUCAACCCCGUGUGGGAUGAGGAGCCCUUCGACUUCCCCAAGGUGGUGCUGCCUACGUUGGCUUCACUUCGCAUCGCAGCCUUUGAGGAGGGGGGUAAAUUUGUAGGGCACCGGAUCCUGCCUGUCUCUGCCAUCCGCUCUGGGUACCACUACGUCUGCCUGCGGAACGAGGCCAACCAGCCGCUGUGCCUUCCGGCCCUGCUCAUCUACACUGAAGCCUCGGACUACAUUCCUGAUGACCACCAGGACUACGCGGAGGCCCUGAUCAACCCCAUUAAGCACGUCAGCCUGAUGGACCAGAGGGCCCGGCAGCUGGCCGCCCUCAUUGGGGAGAGUGAGGCUCAGGCUGGCCAAGAGAUGUGCCAGGACACCCAGUCUCAGCAGCUGGGGUCUCAGCUGUCCCCAAACCCCACCCCUAGCCCACUGGAUGCCUCCCCCCGCCGGCCCCCCGGCCCCACCACCUCCCCUACCAGCACCUCCCUCAGCAGCCCAGGGCAGCGCGACGAUCUCAUCGCCAGCAUCCUCUCAGAGGUGGCCCCCACCCCGCUGGAUGAGCUCCGAGGUCACAAGGCUCUGGUCAAGCUCCAGAGCCGGCAAGAGCGAGACCUGCGGGAGCUGCGCAAGAAGCAUCAGCGGAAGGCAGUCACCCUCACCCGCCGCCUGCUGGAUGGCCUGGCUCAGGCACAGGCUGAGGGCAGGUGCCGGCUGCGGCCAGGUGCCCUAGGCGGGGCCGCUGAUGUGGAGGACACGAAGGAGGGGGAGGACGAGGCAAAGCGGUAUCAGGAGUUCCAGAACAGACAGGUGCAGAGCCUGCUGGAGCUGCGGGAGGCCCAGGUGGACGCAGAGGCCCAGCGGAGGCUGGAGCAUCUGAGACAGGCUCUGCAGCGGCUCAGGGAGGUCGUCCUUGAUGCAAACACAACUCAGUUCAAGAGGCUGAAAGAGAUGAAUGAGAGGGAGAAGAAGGAACUGCAGAAGAUCCUGGACAGAAAGCGCCAUAACAGCAUCUCGGAGGCCAAGACGAGGGACAAGCAUAAGAAGGAGGCGGAACUGACGGAGAUUAACCGUCGGCACAUCACUGAGUCAGUCAACUCCAUCCGUCGGCUGGAGGAGGCCCAGAAGCAGCGGCAUGACCGUCUUGUGGCUGGGCAGCAGCAGGUCCUGCAACAGCUGGCAGAAGAGGAGCCCAAGCUGCUGGCCCAGCUGGCCCAGGAGUGUCAGGAGCAGCGGGCGAGGCUCCCCCAGGAGAUCCGCAGGAGCCUGCUGGGCGAGAUGCCGGAGGGGCUGGGGGAUGGGCUUCUGGUGGCCUGUGCCAGCAACGGUCACGCACCUGGGAGCAGCGGGCACCUGUCGGGCGCUGACUCGGAGAGCCAGGAGGAGAACACGCAGCUCUGAACUGGCUGAGCAAGAGGUGGCCACAGGGCCAGGGUGGGCGCUGGGUGGAGGGCAGGAGGCAACGACACUAAUGCUUUUUUUUUUUUAACUUUUUAUCUAGAAAUUUUAUUUUUUUAAACCUGGGGCAAGUACCUGAGCUAACUCCCUUCAUCCUCCUGGGGCCCCUCCUUCCUGCCCUCAGUCUUAGGUUAGGGCCCUGGUCAGGGCUUUGCUCCCCGUGACACCCACACCCUCGAGGUAGCAGUGUCUCCUCCCUUCCCUGGGAGAGCUGCUGGAGCUUCAGGAAGUAGGUGUCACAUUUUUUCUCUAUUCUUUGGGGAUUUUUUUUACAUGAAUAAAAGUGGAUUUCAGGGA